GUCUCGUGGAAGUUCAACGGGCGAACACCUCACACACACACACAGGAUUCCCUCCUUUCCUUCGUCACACCCCGCCCCCCUUACAAAAAAAAAACUAUCCGCCUAAAAUCCUCCUCACAUUCCUCCGGGCCCUUCGACAGCCAGGUCAUCGUCAUCUGCUCCCCCUCCGUCAGCGCUUCCGUCAGGGUGGUGUUCUCGAAAGCAUAUACUAGAGACUUGCAAGAUGGCUUUUAAGGGAACUCUUUACCUCGUCGUCAUUGCCGUGGGCGCGUUCUCUCUGGUCUGCGCAGCCGUCACUCCGGAGAAAGACUCCCCCAAGAAGAAGGCGGAACUGGGAGAAGAAGAAUCGGCAGCUGACCCGAGGCUCUUCUUCAUCGGAACCACAGGCACCGGCACCACCACGGGGACCACCACGAACACCUCCAUUACGAUCAGCACCGAGCUGCUGCUUUUCCUCGCCCUCCUCCUGGCCGCUGCCAUCGCAGCUGCCAUUGCCAUCCCCAUCGCUGUUGGCGUCGGCGUCGGUAAGAAGUACAAGGGCAAAGGCACCUCCUCCGAUUAUGGCGACACUGGCUACGGUUCCGCCCCCGCCUUCGUCUACAGCCCGGACGAGAGUUCCUACGCCUCCAUCCACAGGUCCUUGGAGGACGCCGCUGACAAGUACGACUGAGGAGCGGAAGGACCCUCUUAGGAUUCCCUCAUAGGAUCCCCUCAGGCCACGGCUGGAAGAUCAAAUGACUCAAUUUCUCAAUUAUUUAUUUUGCCCUAUUUAUUUUUGUGACGUUAUUCUAGAGAUUGCAAGAAGCUGUUAGGUAGGUCAUUUCGUCACUGGUUGUCUGACAUUUCUAGGUUUUUGAUAUCUGCUGCUCAGGAGUGGUCGAAGUUUGAUGUAGUAGAUAAUAAGUUAAAGGUAAAGCGUCUGUUGUUAUAACAGAGUUGGAAAUUAUUAUUGGAGCUGCGUAUAGUGCGACUAUACUAUGUUAAUUUAGUACUUACUAUAGUUGCGUUAACCUCGUUAAUGUUAAUUGCCCUCGAACACUGAAACAUUUUUUACAUAUUUUCUUUAUGAAUAUUUAUACAAAAAAAGUAUUAUUUUCUCGCAUUUACGUUGUUUAAAUUAAACUUGAUGAAUAUCAUCAACUUCCAAUGAAAUGGCCUUCUUAAUUUUUCUGAUCUCUAUCUCCAAUUUUGUUUAAAAAGAAACUUUGUUUUUAUUCUUAUUUGAAGAUUUCACGACACCAUUAUCCAAAGUUCCCUUCGCCAAUUGCGUUCUUCACGUUAAGAAGUCGAUUACUUCGACGAAUACAACCGUAUUAGCUUCGACUUUACGACCGCAUGACUCACUGCAUUGCGUGAAUGACUUUCGACAAACUUUUAUUUAUUCUUUUGUUUAUUUUAAGGGUUCCGUAUUCUCGCCCUGCACGAUGCCGCGAACGACGUGACGUCAUCGUCUGAACUAUAAUUCCCCAGGUCUUUGCUGGGACAGAAUUACGAUCUUCAAGACAAUAGACAACUGUUACUUAAAUGGACAUAUUUUUUUGUGUGUUUUUAGACCUAAAGAAGACGAGUUAAAGAUGAUAAAGACUUAAAGGACUCAGUAGUGGAGAAGGAAUGCAAAUCUCCAUAUGAUUCCAGACUGACUAUAUUUGAGAGCAUUUGAAAUCAACCUUUCUGCUUUUGAUAUAACACAAUCAAUUUCCUUACAUACUUCGCCUUAGAAUUAUUUCGAGGUUUACUAUAAUAAGGAAUAUAUCAGUUUUGUUUUACAUUGAUGGCAGAUACCUUCCAACGUCUGCAAUCCCCCCCUAAUAACGUUUGUUUACUGAUGAGACACAAGCCACGCCCCUUUUCGCUGCCAGAUGCUUCCAUGCGGAAGUCGUUAUCUUUUUUGAUAAGUGAACGCAUGGAAACCUUUGGCAUCGCUUCCACCCUUGGGCAGUUCAGUAUCAAAUCAUCUGAUAAACUUCCACAGUGAAGUUAUCAGCAUAUCUUAGUUUUCAAAUUCUCCAGUUUUUGGAAACCAUUAAAAGCUCAAGAAUAUCUAGACACAUUUGAUGCCGUUCAGGUUUAUCUAAGGAGCCCUUUAUCUAGUGAGCAUUUUCCCUGAAAUUGUAUUUUUGAUCAUUCUUUUUAUUAAAUAUUUCUUUCACAUCACCUCAGGAAAGAUGUUCCUUGGGAACUUACUGAGCUGUGUUGGUUAAGCAAUAUCGUCGUAGGUGUUGCGAAGAGUAGGUUGAAGACUUUUUUUUUUUUUUUAUGUUCUCUCGACGUUACUGAUGACUCAGGAUGACCCGUAGACAUCGCACAUUCAUAAUCCGUGUUUUGUGUGAGCGCGCAAGCGCGGUUUCGUACUUCUGUGAUAUUGUAGAAUGAAUUACUUGCCUUAAACCUCACACCACUUGUCAGAAUUCGUACGUGUUUGGUAUCGGUUACAAGCGGCGGUUAAAGUAUCGUAUAAUUCGUCGAAACUGGUACCAUAUAAUCAAAUUUUCCUUUGUUUCUGAAUCAUACAUAUGUGUUUUUGUAUGUGUACGUGUAUUGUGUGCAUGUGUGUGUGUAAUUUCCUCACUCUCAGUCUAAUUCAAGAGACUGAUUCAAAUGACUUAUUCAUGUCUGUGUGCCAUGUCUCUCCUCGUCUCCCCAGUACAAACCUCACGACGACUUCCGGACUUCACAUCCCGUACCAGAUUGAAUAGACAAUUAAUUACACAGGACUUAAAUUACGAUAACUCUUGACAAAUUACCGGAAGUACGCAAAAAAAAGCCUCCAUCCGUCCCCUUGCCCCCGCCCCCUCUCUCUUGUUAUUGUUGUUAGAAAAAAAAUGCUUUUCAUAAACUUAAAAUCUUUUUUUCAUUUUAUUCAUGUUAAUGAGAUGAAAAUCUGUCAGUACAAUCAGUUUUGUUUUUUCAAGUCUUUGUUAAUGUUGGAAAGGUGAUAUUGUUUCAGUACAAUCAAGUUGUUGUUUCAAAUCGAGUGAAAUGUCUUUCGAUACGAAUUGAUCUUGUUAGGAAAUAUAUGAAAGUAUCCUGACCCAAAAAAAUAUUAACUUCUGGCAUCUGCUGGUGUUGCUGACUGCGAAAAGUAAUUAUAUGGUCAUUUUCCAAAAACCAAAAAAGUUUCUAACUGAAAACGAGUUUAUGAAGAUUUUAGGAUAAAAUCUGUUUUUUUUUUCACUUCCUCUUUCAAUUUGUUGUUAUUUUAUUUGUUAUCUACUUGUUAAUUAUUUGUUUAAAUCUUCCUCUGCUGGCGGAGGAUCUACUGUGAACACUCGUUAACGUCACGCAAGACACUUGCUGUGAAUAUUGUUCUUUUAAAGAUAUUCUUAAGAUUCGUGGCUUUCUCUGAGAGUCAUGUUUUCAUGAGUGGAUGUCUGCGCCUAGGAUAUCGUUGGAUGUAUUUUGUUAUGUUUUGUAAAUAAAAUGUCAUUGUAA